AUGGCUACCUCCAUCGAUCUCGACCACCGGCAAAACUUCAAGGCCAUCUUCCCAGACAUACGUCAAUGGCGGGCCGCAAGCACGCUCUACCUUAAGCGCAGAGGACGACGCCAAGCUCAUAUUCGGGACCGUGUUCUCCUUGCGAAACAUGACCGAUCUGCUGAUGAAGAACACAGCUUCCUCUCCUACCGGACCUCCCAGUACAAACUGCACUAUUACGAGACACCAACCAAUACUAAGUUUGUCAUGCUCACAGACACCAAGUCCGGCUCGAUGAGGAUAGCGCUGCAGCAAAUCUACGUCAACUGUUAUGUCGAGUAUGUAGUGAAAAACCCAUUGUCACCGGUCGAGCAUCCUGGCGGUAUUGGUGUCAACAAUGAAUUGUUUGAAGCAAGUUUGGAACAAUUUGUGGUAAGGUCGAUUCUGCAUGCUGAACAAAGCCUUGUGCUGACCAAGUAA